GCAGGUUCCGGUGACCGUGGAAACGUCGAAGGCAGCCGAAUGGAGGAGGUGCCUCAGGGCUGUCCCGGAACCGGCAGCGCCCAGGCGGGCCGAGGGGCCUCAUGUCAGGGCUGCCCCAACCAGCGGCUCUGCGCCUCCGGAGCCGGCGCCGCUCCCGACCCAGCCAUAGAAGAAAUCAAAGAGAAAAUGAAGACCGUGAAACACAAAAUCUUGGUGUUAUCUGGGAAAGGUGGUGUUGGAAAAAGCACAUUCAGUGCCCACCUUGCCCAUGGCCUAGCAGAGGAUGAAAACACACAGGUCGCUCUUCUGGACAUUGAUAUAUGUGGGCCAUCAAUUCCCAAGAUAAUGGGACUGGAAGGAGAACAGGUUCACCAGAGUGGCUCGGGCUGGUCUCCAGUGUUUGUGGAAGACAACCUGGGGGUGAUGUCAGUGGGUUUCCUACUCAGCAGUCCUGACGAUGCCGUUAUCUGGAGGGGACCAAAGAAAAAUGGCAUGAUCAAGCAGUUCCUUCGUGACGUGGACUGGGGAGAGGUGGACUACCUUAUCGUGGAUACCCCGCCCGGCACGUCGGACGAACACCUGUCGGCCGUCCAGUACCUGUCGGCGGCACACAUCGAUGGGGCUGUGAUAAUCACCACCCCUCAGGAGGUGUCCCUCCAGGAUGUCCGGAAAGAGAUCAACUUCUGCCACAAGGUGAAGCUGCCCAUCAUCGGAGUGGUGGAGAACAUGAGCGUCUUCAUCUGCCCGAAGUGCAAGAAAGAAACUCAGAUAUUCCCACCAACAACGGGGGGUGCGGAGGUCAUGUGCCAGGAUCUGAAGAUCCCGCUCCUCGGAAAAGUGCCUCUGGAUCCACACAUAGGUAAGAGUUGCGACAAAGGACAGUCUUUUUUGAUGGACGCACCGGAUUCUCCAGCCACUUUUGCCUACAGAAGUAUCAUUCAAAGAAUUCAGGAGUUCUGUGGUCACCAUCCCCCGAAAGAAGAGCACUUCCUCAGUUCCUGAAACACACGAGAGCAUUUGAGACGCAAGCUGCACGUGCAACUCAGCCUGAGCAGCCUGGGGACAGUGUGGGGGUCUUGGGCAGAAAGGGACCAGAUUCUGGUAGGGUGUGAAGUCAUUUUUGCAGAGACACUUUAAUUGUAGUAUUUACACUUUUCGACAUAUAUAAAGGCAUUCUUUACAAACAUGCUGUCUUAAGAAUAAAAACGUCUCCUCAAACCUCUCCCCCAAGGCCUGCUUCCGGGAAACCAACAGCUUGUUGGUCAGGGAACUCUUCUCUGC